AUGUCAAUAUCUCCUGAAAUCAACUUCCAUUUAGACAAUCUGCCUUCACUCCCAGUCCCCGGUCCGAUUGACCUCCCGAACGGCGAGCGACGAUGGCGACGAAAUCAAGUCGCCUGUGACGCGUGCCACAUCCGCCGUGUGCGAUGCGAUCUGGUAUUCCCGUUACCGUGCUCACGCUGCCUGCGAAAGGGCAUAUACUGUGAACUCACACGCAAGCGACAGAAACGAGGUCGCAUGGCACGAGCCAAGCUAGCCAAUUCGAACGGGACAUGCGGGGUAGGCGCACCGCCAAGUCGUAUACAAGAAAGGCAGACCGACGAAAGCUGCAGUCCUGUGUCACAACCGACUGUGUCACCCAUGGGUCCCACCACCCCGGCUUCAGUCACACAACCGUGGCCCCCAGCAACCGACGAAAUCGAUGCUCUCUUGGCCUUGUGCAUGGAAGACUAUCGCUCUGUGACAGAUGCUCCACAGCUGCAGGCAGGAUUAGGGUUGAAUAUCACAGAGGAAUGGCUGCCAGCGACCCUUCUGUCCAAGGGUUUCCCUGAGUUGAGCGCAGAAGACGGCAGGCCUCUGUCAACACUGCCGGGCAUCUGGAAUCCGGUCGACAUAUCUCCUCACACUCCGAGCCAGGGCCAUGAUCCACUGAUACCAUCCCAACCAGCAACAAAUUCUCUCGUCCCAGAACAUGAACCAAUUUCACGGCCCUCGAUGAAAUACCCUGUGCUAAACACGGUGAUGCCUUUUUUGGAAACAGACCUUCCUCCACAACUUGUGUGCCAUUUGCUCGAACUAUAUUUCACCCGCCCAUUUCCAAAUAUCCUGCGCAAGUCCUCCUUUCUGGCCGAUAACUUCCGGGUCACCAGCCCUGCGCUUUUAACGAGUAUGCUUUGGAUGGCUGCUAUUGAUUAUGGGACCUCUUUAUCUAUCUCACCCUCACAAAAACGAAAUAUUUGCCAGUGCCUCGAGGAUCUGACGAGAGGGUUAUUGAGAUCUUCAGACAAUGUCUCGCCCAAGAACCAGGAGUUUUCGCUGGUGGGGCUGCAUUGCUCACCUACGGCAGUCCAUCGCCUGAUGGACCAUACUGUUCACCUGGACCACGUAAUCACUUAUAUCCAUAUUGCCUUGAUUGUCUCUACCGAACAGAACGCUGCAAGCAUGGGAUGGUGGACAGCGGCCUUUGCUUUAGCCCGACAUCUCAAACUAAAUCAGGAGGCGAAAAUAGUCCCAGACUUUGAUAAGGGAACCAAGGGAUCGCGUCAAUCCUUCAAUGACGGGCUAUCAGACUGGCCAAACAACCCAGACGUUUUCCAUUCUGAUGGGAGACAGCCAAGUCCCAAUUGCGUAUGUGAGCAAAUCCAUAAUCAAAGCCAUCCUGUCUUGGCGGAGGACCACCGCGAAGAGCGAAGGCGCACAUGGUGGCUGCUUUACACUAUUGAUCGCCAUCUCGCCUUGUGUUACAACCAUCCGCCGGAUUUCCUUGAUGCAGAGUGUGAAAAUCUGCUACUUCCACUGGAUGAAACCUCAUGGCAGCGCGGUAUUGUUCACAGCAACAGUUUUCAUCAGCAGAGGCCUAAAUGCCUUGAUUCAGCACACCAGCACGAACGUCAGGUCUUCCCUGAUUUUCGCUGUCGCGAUUCCUCCAUUUUUGGAUUUUUCCUUCCGCUUAUGACGAUCACCGGAGAGGUGAUGGGGCUCAAUCAACUGCGGCUUCAAGGCAAUGAGGCCUACGAAGUUAAAGAGGCUGAAGUAAUACGGCAUCUCGAGAUCUAUCAGACCAGUUUGUCCGCUUUUGCGGCAUCUUCGGCAUAUUCAACUGUUGACUCCGAAGUGUCGGACCGACAUAUCGAUGUGAAGGCAUUCCAGGAUUAUGCUUGGCAAACACAAACUGCUGUUGCUUACUCGUCAUACCUAGUCCACGUUCUCCAUAUAUCACUAGUGGGAAAGUGGGAUUGGCAAUUCUUAUUGGAGGACAAAGAGUUUUGGACUUCUUCAGCCUUCACAUCCACAAUGUCACAUUCAUUAGACGCGACUUCUUGGUUGGGGCAGAUCUUGCAGCUUGACCCAGAUAUCAGCUUCAUGUCCUACUUCUUUGGCAUUCAGCUACUUCAAGGGAGCUUUCCGGCACUGUUGAUUGUAGAGCGUCUUCAAGAUAAGUCCAGCGAGGACAUUCUCAACGCCUGCGAGAUUAUGAUACAAGCUACCGAAUCUUGUCUUGUCACGCGGAACACAGAUUAUCAAAGGAGAUUUCGGCAAUUAAUACGCAGCGCAGUUUCACAGGCUCGGGGCCGUCCUGUGAGUGCCAGUGAAAUUCGACGUCGCCGGAAAGCAGUAUUCGAUCUUUGGCUGUGGACACGAAGGGGGAUAAAUUGGUCCACUGACUUCAAUAUCCCCUGCCAAACCUGA